AUGGCAUGGGAUGGUAUGGUCGUCCUCGGGCUGGUGUCCAACGUCUGCUUUGUCGUUGUUGUUGAAUGUGGACGGGGGCGAGGUGUGCCGUGUUCGGCUCCCGAUCCUUCUGCAGGACGCCCAAGAUGUCCUCCACCUGGCUCGCCACUUGUAGCGCCGCUGCACCCGAGUGAGGAGGACUACCCAAAAACCGCUCGCGGAGUUUAG